GUUCCUAUAAAGGGGUUCGAGCUCUGGCCUCACAGCUGCCAGACCGCUAAGAUGGGGAGGCUGUUGUUAUGGGGCUGGCUCUUGUGCUGGAACACCACGACGGUGCUGCCUACAAACUGGUGUGCUAUUUCUCGAACUGGGCACACAGUCGACCAGGCCCUGCCUCUGUUUUGCCCCAUGACUUGGAUCCCUUUCUAUGCAGCCACCUGAUAUUUGCCUUUGCCUCAAUGAGCAACAAUAAGAUUGUUGCCAAGGGUCUCCAGGAUGAGAAAAUUCUCUACCCAGAGUUCAACAGACUUAAGGAGAGGAACAAGGAGCUGAAAACACUGCUGUCCAUUGGAGGGUGGAACUUCGGCACAAUGAGAUUCGCCACUAUGCUGUCCACGUUCGCCAACCGUGAAAAGUUUAUUGAUUCAGCUAUCUCUCUCCUGAGGACCCAUAACUUUGAUGGGCUUGACCUUUUUUUCUUGUACCCUGGACUGAGAGGCAGCCCCACGCGUGACCGGUGGACAUUUCUUUUCUUAAUUGAAGAGCUCCUGUUUGCCUUCCAGAAGGAAGCACUGCUCACUAAUCGCCCAAGGCUCCUCCUCUCUGCUGCAGUCUCCGGGGUCCCACACAUCGUCCAAAUAUCUUAUGAUGUGCGCCUUUUAGGAAGGCUCCUGGAUUUCAUCAAUAUCUUGUCUUAUGAUUUACAUGGAAGCUGGGAAAAGUUCACGGGACAUAAUAGCCCCCUGUUCUCUCUUCCAGAAGACCCCAAAUCUUCAGCAUAUGCUAUGAAUUACUGGCGAAGGCUUGGGGCACCCUCGGAGAAGCUCCUCAUGGGGCUCCCCACCUAUGGACGUACCUUUCAUCUCCUCAAAGCCUCUAAGAAUGGGUUGCAGGCUGCAGCGACUGGACCAGCAUCUCCAGGGAAGUACACCAAACAAGCCGGCUUCUUGGCUUAUUAUGAGGUUUGCUCCUUUGUCUGGAGAGCGAGAAAGCAUUGGAUUGAUCAUCAGUCUGUCCCUUACGCCUACAAGGGGAAGGAGUGGGUUGGGUAUGAUGACGCCAUCAGCUUCAGUUACAAGGCAAUGUUUGUAAAGAGAGAGCAUUUUGGAGGGGCCAUGGUAUGGACACUGGACAUGGAUGAUGUCAGGGGCACUUUCUGUGGCACUGGCCCCUUUCCCCUUGUAAAUGUACUGAAUGAGAUCUUGGUGCAGGCUGAGGUCAGCUCAACUCCUUUACCAGAAUUUUGGUCCUCAUCUGCUACAAAUUCUUCAAGAUCUGACUCUGAAAGACUGGCUGUGACAGAGGCAAUGACCACGGAUACUAUUAAGAUUUUGCCUCCAGGAGGAGAAGCUAUGGCCACGGAGACCCAUGAAAAGUAUGAAAACAUAACUACAAUUCCUAUAAGUGGAAUUGUGACCCCUGGAAGGGAAACGGUAUCCCCUAGAAAGCACAGUGUAGCUUUAGGUGUAAAGACUAAGGUCCCUGGGACAAAGACUAUGACCUCAGUGGACCAUUGGUCUGUGACCGCUGCAGAGACAACUGUAGCCUUUGUGCAUCUUCAGACAGAGACUUCUGGGAAGAAGACUAUAACCACUGUGGGUCAUCAAUAUGUGACCCCUGGAGGGAUGACUAUGACCCCUGUACAUCUUCAGACUAGGAUCUUUGGCAAGAAAACAAUGGCCCCUAGAAGGAAUUCUAUAUCCCCUGCAAAUGGCACUGUCCCCUUCGGAAAGAUGUCAGUCACCUCUGCUCAGAAGGCUGUGAAUCUACAAGGGGAAAAUUUCACCCAGGAUGGGUGAAUGUGAUCUUAAGGUGGGAGGUAAAAACAGGAAGUAUCCUUCAGCCCUGUCAUACAUCUGUUAAGAUGCGUUCCCCUUGCUUUUGAUAACCUCUUAAUUCUCACUGAUGGAAAUCAUUCAUCUAUUGCUUCAAUGACCCUUGCAAUAAGUCUUCUCUCUUAAAAAAAAAGACAACCUGGAAAAUUCUGCUGUGGAUAAAGAAUACUAAAGUUCUUUUGGUAGCAAAAUCUAGGAAAGCUCUUGUAUUUUUUUAUAUGAUAUGACAGAAGCCACCUGAUCUCACCCUUUGAUAAACCAUUCAUGGGGUAAAGUAGGUAUCAAAGCUA